AUGAUAAUUUGCGAUAACAAAAUGAAAAUCUGCUAUGUGAAUGCGCAGUACCCAGGAAGCCAUCACGAUUCCCAUAUAAUGAACGUCAGCAAUGCGAGAUGUUUCUUUGAGAGGAACUACUUAAAUGGUGAACGUAACACCUGGAUUUUGGGGGAUGCUGGAUACUCCUUGGAACCAUGGUUGAUGACAUCUUUCCAUUCACCUCCGCCUGGUAGCUCCGAAAGCCAUCACAACAAGAUACAUGCCAAAGCUAGAAAUAUUAUAGAAAGAACAAUUGGUCUUUCAAAAAAUAGAUUUAGAUGUCUUCUAGGCGCUCGUGAACUUCAUUACGAGCCUUCGAAGGUAUGUCAAAUCGCAAAUGUUGCAGCAGCGUUGCACAACAUUUGUAUUCAUUAUCGCGUGGUUGAUGAUGUUUCAGAAAACUUGGAACCAUAUUAUGAGAACGAAAAUA